GGGCGGAGAAGGUGGGAGAUCAGCUGAACUGUUUCACAUGAAAAUUGAAAGUGCAUUAAAUGCCAGCAUGCGCAGGAGGCAGAAGAACGUGGUGGACGUACGAAAGUUCACCUGAAUUUUGAAAUAUUGUGCACAUUACAGCAGGAACCUUCUUAAGGAUGUAUUUCUGAAGAGGAUAUGAGCUUCCUAUUUUAGCCCUGUUGGUAUUUUUAAGCUCUUAAGCAACAUCUUGCAGAAAGGAAGAGUUCAAGAGAAGGAAGAUUGCAACAUGUGGAGGAAUUUGCCAAUAGUAUAGAGGAGAGAAGAUUAACGAACCAACUGAGCAAGACCAACACAUACGGUUGUACAUGCACAUAAACGUGUCGAAAUGUUUGCAUCCAGGGCGGUUCACAGUUCAGUUAAUGGGACGACAGCCAUCCCGUGGAGGAGCAGCAGGAAGAGACUGUCGUUGCUGGAGCAGCUGAAGGGCUGUCAGGAGGCCUGGUGCCCGGGGGCCCCCUGGGAUAGAGAGUGGGCCCACGCCGCUAUCUGUGGAACACCUGCUGGGAGUUUCCUGGUUGUGCGGGACUCUGCGACAUCUCAGCCCAGCCUGCUGUGUGUGUCUGCUGGAGGCGAGAAUGAGGCAGUCGUUGAUUAUGAUAUCAAAAGCACAGGCACAGUCUUCCAGUUGUCUGAGUCUCGGCUGUCUUUCUCAGACUUGGCUCAGCUCGUGCUCUUCUACUCUCUAACCAGGGAUGUGUUGGCUGUGUGUCUUUCCAUUCCUCACUGGAUCUACAGUGUAACCGAGAAGAGCAAAGAUCGUCUCUCUCAACUUGAACCCGAAACUUGGCUCAGCACACCGUCUGACCAACAGACUGAUGAAAUGACCCAGAGGGAGCCAAGCAGCGUCAUGUGCUCCAUACAGUUGACUUCCACCAACGGGGCCCUCUGUAUCAUCAAUCCUCUCUACCUUCGUGAACAUGGAGAUGAUUGGCUGACCCACAGGGCGAGCACCGCUCAGUGCGCCACAAUGCCAUCACAUUACAAACGAGAGCGACGCCUCAGCACCACCAGAUCAUGGGCAGGGGCGGGGCUACAUAGUAAACGAGCCAUCUCGUUGGACCAGGAACCGUCUGCUGCCAGUGUGGAGAGCUCUGGUCUAGUCAGAGCGCAGUCAGCUGACUCACCACAUUGCCCCCCAACCUCAUCAGCACCAGCUGCUCCAGCAGGGGUGGUUCUCAGGAGGCCCAGCAGAGAUUCUGCCUCCAGCCCCCCUCACCGAGCGAGCACGGGGAGCCUUACUCCAUCUUCCCCUGGAAGUGUACAUAGCACAGUGCCCGACCUGCAGCCCUAUGGCAGCCCGGUUCCUCAGUCUCCUCACAGGGUAUCCUGGAUUGAAGAUGGAGUCUGGCUGCCUCCGCCCAGGCCUUCCUCUUUGCUCCACCCCCCUUCGCUGGAGCUCGACUCGCUGUCAAUCAGCAGCAUAGAGGAAGAGCAGGAGUACCAAACGUCAUGCUCUGUGACGCACCACCCAUCAGGGCACCGGCUGGCUGACAAGGUCAAGCAUCGUCUCUCAGCGGUGGGUCAGGCUCUCGGUGGGCUGGUGAGUACGAAGAAGAGACUAACCAAUCGUGUGCAGGAGUUGAGCGAGCGGAGAGGUACGGCGUUUGCGGAAACUGUGAAAGGAUUUGUGGAGAUGACGCUGAAGAAAGGGGCUGAUCCCAGCGGGGUCACGGGGUCAGAGUUCUUACAGGAAGUGAGGACAUCACUUACGUCACUGAGGGAGACACUGUUGGACUAUCCUGAAAUCCAGGCGUUGCUGGACGGCAUCGCUGACAUGAAUGACUCAGAGAUCGACACCCUGGUGGAGCUUUCCCUCCACAAAGUGGCUUUGAAGCCCGUCUCUGCACACCUCUACAGCUGCAUUCAUAAUUCCCGGACUGAUGAUGGCACCUUCAAGCGUCUCCAGAGCAACCUACGUGUGCUGGAAAAGAACGAGGUGGAGGAGCUAGGGGGGUCGGCGGGAGUUGGAGUUCCAGACUCUGUCACACUGGAGCGGAUCCAGCAGAAGUGGACCAGUAUGCAUGAGGCUUAUUCCCCAAACAAGAAGGUCCAGAUCCUGCUCAAAGUCUGCAAGACCAUCUAUCACAGCAUGAGUGUUAAUGCUAGCUCAGCAGACAAAGUGUUUGGAGCAGAUGAUUUCCUGCCCUGCCUGACGUGGGUGCUGCUCCGUAGUGACCUGGUCACCUUACACUUAGACACGGACUACAUGAUGGAGCUGCUCGACCCUACUCAGCUGCAGGGAGAGGGUGGCUACUACCUUACAACUCUAUACGCCUCUCUUUACUACAUCACCAGCUUCCGGCCACGACUGGCCGCCCGUCAGCUCAGCGUGGAAGCCCAAAACUCUCUUAACCAAUGGCAUCGUAGGCGCACCCUGCACUGCAACCAAUCACGGCGCAGCCAGAACCGACGGACCAUUCGCAGGCAACCCUGUCGGGACAGGAAUGUACAGAACUCAGCAACUAAGACUGAAGAGGACAGUGGGAAACAGUCAGACUCUGUUAAUACUGAUGAGUCACAGCAGCAGACAGAGAGCAGCACAGAGGCUCUGCAGCCGCUGGCGGAAGAGACGAGCAGAGGAGGUGAGGACGAAUCACAGAUGUCCACUCCAACAUCAGACUGUAGUCAGCAUGAGGUAAUGUGGAACAAACAGGAGGAUGAACCGACUCUAUGCACAGCAGGAGAAGAGGACCAAGAAGGAUUGUGAUGGAGAGAAAAAGAAUGGCGACCUGUCACAUUAAAAGAACCUCAAAUUACCUUUAAAUUAUCUCAGGUGGGUCAGACCCUUCAGACGUCUGCCACAUGAACCACAAGCACGUCCCGUUCUGCUCAGACUCCUCUUCUGUGGAGGCCAAAGAAAGCUUUUGAUUGGUGUCUUUAACAGACUGCUUUCACUUGAUUAUGAAAUUGUGGUCGGGCCUCCUGCAGCGGUCUCCAGAUAAAUCUGAAUGCUGUUUUUUAUGGGAUAAAGAGAUAUUUUUACGUCUCUCAAAUUUUUUUCUUACAGAAUACUGGAUAUUUAUACUCUUCAGUGGUCUGACAACCUUUCAAAUAAAAAAUUCAGGGAAGCUGCAAUAGCAGUCAAACUGCCCACGCUGAGGCUGUAACCUGUGAGAGAGGGGUCAGGGGUUAAAGUUAAGGAGCACAGGCAUAAAUGAGGCCAAGUUUAAUGUCAUAGUUUUACUGUAAAAAAGAGUUUAUACAAAGGUUUUAGUAUAUUUAUUUGGGAACAACUGAAAGUUAAAGUUCAUGUUUGGAGGCUGUUAUUUUUUGUAAGGUGCAGCAUGAGUUUGUAUUAUUUUAUAUAUUGAUUAACUUAAUGUCAUUUUUGAUUUGUAAAUACAUUAAAAUUAAGAUAACUGUGCAAAAAGAGUAUUUUAAUAAAACCAACAAACCAUUUUGUUUAUA